AUGGGGCUGCUCCUGUCCUGCUGGUUCAUCGUCGGGACCAUCCUCAUCCCCAACGGGUUCGCCAGAUGGAAUCAGCUGAGCUUCUUCGUCCAUCCCGUCCUUCUCGUGUUCUGCGAGCUGUUCCUGAUCAGCAAGUACCUGGUGGGACAGGUAAUCUUCGUACUGGUUUAUCCGUUCAGAGUCGUCUUCCGGGCGAUCUUGUUCGUCUUCAGACUGUUGAGGAGUAGGACGACCGGGUUGGUCUCGUUGGUCGUCGAUGUCGUCGAAGUCUCCGACGAAGCCGACGAAUCCGCCGAAGCGGAGCAGUAUUUCGAAGCGCCCGGAGCAGAAGAUCCUACGCGAAGCGCUGUGGUGCAUGAACGGUGGGGCGGAGCCCCUGCGGGGGUGGGCUCGUCUCCGAGGAGCGUGCUCGAUUACUAUGAGAGGUUCUUCCCGGGAGUAAGUAUCGAUGUCCCCGAUAAAAAUAGGUAUUCUGAUCAUCGUGUCGCGGAUGAGGUAUACGAGGAACGGCCUCAGAAGGGUAAGAGGAAGAGGAGAGACUCGUCGUCCGCUGCGAGUGAAAGCGGGCCGUUCUUGCUGGAGCCGGAGACAGAAAUGGACGCAGAGGAGGUGUAUAAUGCUGAGCCUAGCGGUUUUUUUGAGAGAGAAAGCGAUGAUGGAGAAGACAUAGAGGAUGCUGCUUCCCUCGCCGCCUACCAACUGUCGUCGAGGAGGGAAUGGCUCGCUGUAGAAGAAUCAGGCCGCGACUUCACCUUCCCCCACAUCCGAAGCAGGGGGAGCAGAAGCUAUCCCAAAGGGCUCGAAGGAGUUCUUGAGAGAGAAAGAGAUGAGGAUCACUUCCCGAGGGAUUUUCCGGUGACCGUCAGGCGACUAGAGGGCGAGAAGAGAGAUGAGGAUCACCACCCGUGGGCUUCUCCGGUGCACGUCAGGCGGCUAGAAGACGAGAAGGGACAUGAAGAUCACGUCCUGUGGUGUCCUCCGGUGCCCGUCAGGCGAUUAGAAGACGAGAGGCGAUUCGAUCCGGAAGAAGAUGGGGACAGCGAAGAGCUCGAGGCGUCCGAAGAAGAAUCCGCCCAAGAGGAUCCGCCGCUAGGCGAAAACUUACCGGCGGCAACAUCCAGAGAGAAGGACGCCGACCACGAGGAAUAUGAGAAGAGGAUGAAGUGGUUCGAUCGAGUCAACUACGAGAGGACCCGAGGAGCGAGUGCGUCUCCAGACUUGGUCAAUCGAUUCCAAACUUUCGUUGAAUUGGUCUGUGAUUGAUGAUGGAUACCGCUCAUAAUUGUGCAGGUGAAAUUCUGAACAUUCGGCCGGGGAAUCCAAGUUUCCUGAGGAACGUAGAGGUGAGGAUCAGAGCCUUCCAAGGGAUGUCCAUCCAGUCCCUGCUCAAGAGCAUAGAGGAUGGCCUGGAGAUGGUCUAUGUGAGUCAGACGUGCUUGUCCUGGGAGGCUCUCCAUCGCCAGUACUGCAGGGCGACUGAAGCCCUCGUCGCCGCCGCCGCCGGGUCCUCCUCCGGCGCCGGCCAGGGCGUUCCAUGCGCCAACACCAUCUCGAAAUUCCAACGGUUCGUGGUCUUGCUGGAGAGGUACAUGGAGAACGAAAACAAAGAGACAAGAAGGUUCUGGAAUUAUUCUCAGGGGAGAAUCUCCGAUGCCAAGUUCCUCCAAGUUCCAGAGAUCUCAGGUGAUGCCUCCUCCCUUGCCAAUGCCGUUGUUCUUAACCCCCCCUCUCCCUCCUCUCUCUCUCUCGCUCGCUCGUUCAUACAUAUCUACAUUUAUUAUCUCACGCGCAUGGCGGAAUCUGGGGGGGGUGCCAAUAGGUCGAACCAUGUCAAACCUAACGCCCGUUCGGGCGUCUUUGAAAAGGCCUGUUCUUAUAAGGGGCCGCACUAUAAGUCCCAUAGACCCGCUUCUAGUCCGACCCCUACGAAGACCAUGCCUGAUUUAUACCCGCCGUUGUAAAGAUAGAUAGAUACAUACAUAGAUACAUAGAUGGACUGAUAGCGAGCGAGCGAGCGAGAGAGAGAGAGAGAGAGAGAGAGAGAGGAAUGGGGUGCCGCUGCUUGGGCCGUAGAGUAUUACGUACACACGUCGCACACCUGUCAGCAUGUCACAGACACGUCGGAUUUAACUUUUGCUGGAUUUUACGGAGUGAUGGGUUUGACUUGGCGGGUACGUAGGCGAUGAGCGGAGGCCAGACGGGACGCCGGCGGCCCGCCAGGUUGUCGCCGCCGUUGAGAAGGCCGUCCAAGUCUUCUGGUCUUUCCUGCGGAGAGACGACCACCGGGCCGGCGGGAUACUGAAGAAGCUGCUGUGGGUUGACCCGCAGGCGGAGGAUCCCAGGGAUCUGAAUCUGCUGGAUGAUCUCAAGAAGGUGCUCCGCAAGGUCAGUAACCUUCUGUUUUACCUCGUCAUGUCAUGUCGUCGGCUCUAUUCUUCCUCAUUCAUCUGAUUUGGCCGAGAAUUUUUUUUGCUGAGAGGAUUUUAUCGUCGAGUAUGACCCCCGUCAAGAUGAUACAAAAUAUACAACCAUUUCCCUUCUCUCACUCUCUCUUAAAAUUCGACUAAAAACUCGGUCAAUCCCCACCACCCUCUAUAGCACUCAAGUCCCUUACCAUCUCUCUCUCUCUCUCGUUUGAAAUUCGGCUGAAAACACGGUCAAUGUAGUAGAGAGAGAGAGAGAGAGAGGGAGUGUAAUUAGAUCUUUUUAAAGUCCCUCUAUUCUUUCUCUCUCUACCCCCACCACCCUCUAGAGCACCAUGUCCCUUACCAUCUCUCUCUCUCUCUCUCUCCCUCUCUUUCUCUUUCAGCAUUUAUAUGUAGGAAAACUGCACAGCUGAAAUGCCCACAAACAUGGAAAAUGGGACGAAAUUAUCCUUAAAACCGGGCUGGUCAUACAAUAAUCCCCGUCCGAUGAAGCUCCUUUCUUCCUUCUCCUCGGGAACUCCAGGAAAAUGAUGUCAACGCGCUCAAUCCAUGAUCAGAUAAACUCUGGAGGGGGGGUGGGGAAAGUCUGACAUAGUCAACACUGUGAUGCGUGCAGAAGGAGAAGCAGCUGAAGAAGCUGCAAGGGAGCAGGUCAGCGGCCCGCCAGCUCGAUUCGGAGAGGAUGGAGACGCUCUUCGCCACUAUCGACAUCAAGCUCGUGGCGAGGGUCCUGCGGAUGUCGGUCAUCUCAACCCAGCAGCUCGAAUGGUGCCGGCAGAAGCUCGCACAGGUGGAGAUCGGGAGGGGGAACGUCCUCCGGGCCCGCGGGGAAUUCCUCCCCUUCCCCUUCUCCUAG